AUGUUUCUACAACGCGGAUCGCGAAUGCUGCGGUGGCAGCUCCAGACCUCCCAGGCCAUGGGCGGAUUGGCCAAGGGGAGGGGGAUUUUGGCGGGGUCUACGAUGCCGCGGUGGUUUACCGAAUCAAGGAGAUUAUAUGCCGUGAAGCCAGUGCUGCUGGCUGACAUUGGCGAAGGCAUCGUCGAGUGUGAAGUCAUCCAAUGGUUCGUCGAACCCGGUGCUCGCGUCGAGGAGUUCUCGCCUCUGUGCGAGGUGCAGAGCGACAAGGCAUCCGUUGAAAUUACAAGCCGCUUCACCGGCACCGUAAAGAAGUUGUACUACGAUCCGGGCGAGAUGGCCAAGGUCGGCAAGCCCUUUGUCGACAUUGACAUUGAGGGAGACGCGGAGCCCGAGGCACCGGCACCAAGCCAGGGACAGCAAUCGCCAGCCUCGACUUCAACGCCACCUACACCCUCGCCCUCAGAACCUCCCUCAAGGCAAGGCGGCGCUGGUGCUGGUGCGCCCGCAGCACCGUCAGGUCACGACGUCCCCGCGGCGCCGAAGCCCAAAGGCAAGAUGGCCGCACUGGCGACACCCGCGGUGCGGCACCUCUCCAAGGAGCUCAACGUUGACAUUAUCGAAAUCGAUGGCACGGGCAAGGAUGGCAGAGUCCUCAAGGAGGACAUCUACAAGUUUGUCCAGAGCAGAGAAGAAGGCGGCGGCAGCGGCGCACAAAGCCUCUCUGCUCCCCUUCUGGCCCACACUCCUGGAGUUCAGACAGAAACCAGAACACCGCUCAGCCAAACGCAACAGAUGAUGUUUAAGAGCAUGACGCGGUCUCUCAACAUCCCACACUUUCUCUACGCCGACGAGAUCGACUUCUCCGCCCUCGUCGCCCUCCGGGCCCGCCUCAACAAGGUGCUCGCCUCGUCGACGGUGCAGGACGGCCAGCCCGACAAGCUCUCGUACCUCCCCUUCAUCAUCAAAGCCGUCUCCAUGGCGCUCUUCCAGUUCCCCAUCCUCAACGCUCGGGUCGAGGCGGACUCGUCCGGCGCCAACGCCAAGCCGGCGCUCAUCAUGCGAUCCCAGCACAACAUCGGCGUGGCCAUGGACACGCCACAGGGGUUGCUCGUGCCCGUAAUCAAGGACGUCGGCUCGCGCAACAUCAUCUCCAUAGCCGCCGAGCUCGUGCGGCUGCAGAAGCUCGCCCACCAAGGCAAGCUGACGCCUGCCGACAUGUCCGGAGGCACAAUCACCGUGUCCAACAUUGGCAACAUUGGCGGCACGUACCUGAGCCCCGUGAUUGUGGAGAAGGAGGUGUCCAUUUUGGGAAUCGGCCGCAUGAGGACCGUACCUGCGUUUGAUGAGGACGACAAUGUCGUCAAGAAGCACGUGUGCAAUUUCAGCUGGAGCGCUGACCAUAGAGUCGUGGAUGGAGCUACCAUGGCGAGAGCUGCCGAAGUGGUAAGAAGGGUGGUAGAGGAGCCGGAUAUCAUGGUCAUGCAUCUGAGGUAG